AGUCCCAUUUUUACAACCCAUGGCUAAGUCAGUCUUGACGAACACUUUUGGAAAAUGCAAAAAUCUUAGGACUGGCAAUGUUUUUCUGCAAGGUUGUUCUGUUUCCAAAGUAUCCCGUGAACACUUUGAAACCGAUUUGAAUUGAACGGCAGGCGACAGCUAACAUUUAGUGUGCAUAGUGGACUCAACCUGUAUCUACAAGUUGGAUGCUCUUUUUACUUGAUAAUAAUUACUCAAGGAAGGUAAUCCUUGAUUGCAUCCCUGCCCACACCACGCCUACUUUGGGGGCGGUUCUCUCGCUCAGGAAGCCCCCCCCCCCAUCGCCUCCGGCUAGUGAACGUCCACAUGUUUACCAGAUCCCCUCAGGCAUGGGCGGCCUGGAACUGUUCUUAACGUACAGAGCGGCUGCCGUUGAAUGCUGCCUCUCGCCCUGCUGGGAUUAGUCGCGCUCGUGCUCUUGUUCCUACGCUGGCGGUCGCACCCCGAGGCCAAGGCAGGGAUGCCUGGAGGAGAACAAGCCUCCGCUGCGGUGCCCGAGGAGCUGCCCGCUGACGCACACGCCCCCGCUGGCCCGGAGGACCAGCCCCAGCAGCCAGCCGCCACACGCAGCACCGCUGCCCCCCCUGGACCGGAGGACCAGCCCCAGCAGCCCGCCGCCACACGCAGCACCGCUGCCCCCCCUGGACCGGAGGAACAGCCCCAGCAGCCCGCCGCCACACGCAGCACCGCUGCCCCCCCUGGACCGGAGGACCAGCCCCAGCAGCCCGCCGCCACACGCAGCACCGCUGCCCCUGCUGGCCCGGAGGACCGCGGCUCUCAGGUGGGCGGCGCGGCGACAGGUGCCGCUCCCCAGCCUCCAGGGGCCUCAGGAGCGCCGGUAGGAGACCCCCGCCCGGAGCAGACCCCCGGCGGAGGGGAGGCCGAGAGCCGGCCGACCGCCGCACUCCGCCCCCUGAUGGCGUUCAAGUGUCCCCGGCCCAAACUGGCCUUCAUCCUGGGAGCGUCCGAGGACAACUCCUCCGAUGAUGACGGGCCUCUAGUCGCCAAGCCCCCGUCAGGUCCCUCCCAGCCCCCGUCAGGUCCCUCCCAGCCCCCGUCCACCUCCACCUCCAGCUCCACCUCCACCUCCAGCUCCACCUCCAGCUCCACCUCCACCUCCACCUCCACCUCCACCUCCACCACCCCGCGGCUGACCUGCACAGCCCCGCCACGGGCAAGCUCUGUGAUGAAGCCUAGCAUGUCCGGCCUCCACCUGGUGAAGAAAGGACGUGAACACAAGAAGAUGGAUCUGCAGCGCGACUUCACCGUGGCCUCGCCUGCAGAGUUCGUGACCCGCUUCGGCGGCCACCGGGUCAUCGAGAAGGUGCUGAUCGCUAACAACGGCAUCGCGGCGGUGAAGUGCAUGCGGUCCAUCCGGCGCUGGUCCUACGAGAUGUUCCGCAACGAGAGGACCAUUCGCUUCGUCGUCAUGGUUACGCCUGAGGACCUGAAGGCCAAUGCAGAGUACAUCAAAAUGGCGGACCACUAUGUGCCCGUGCCGGGGGGCCCCAACAACAACAACUACGCCAACGUAGAGCUGAUCGUGGACAUCGCCAAGAGGAUCCCGGUCCAGGCCGUCUGGGCCGGCUGGGGUCACGCCUCGGAGAACCCCAAACUUCCAGAGCUGCUGGACAAGGCCGGGAUCUCGUUCCUGGGCCCGUCCAGUAAGGCCAUGUGGGCGCUGGGGGACAAGGUGGCCUCCGCCAUCGUGGCCCAGAGUGCAGACAUCCCGACGCUGCCCUGGAGCGGAUCAGGUCUGAGGGUGGACUGGACCGAGGAGGACCAGCUCCAGGGGGAGGUCAUCAGCGUGCCCCCAGAGGUCUACGCCCACGGCUGCGUCCGUGACGUCGACGACGGGCUGGCGGGGGCGGAGCGGAUCGGCUACCCCGUGGUCAUCAAGGCGUCGGAGGGCGGAGGAGGGAAGGGAAUCCGGAAGGUGGAGAGCGUGGAGGACUUCCCCAACCUCUACCGACAGGUCCAGGCGGAGGUUCCGGGCUCCCCUAUCUUCAUCAUGCAGCUGGCUCAGCACGCCCGCCACCUGGAGGUGCAGAUCCUGGCCGACCAGUACGGCAACGCCAUCUCCCUGUUCGGGAGGGACUGCUCCAUCCAGAGGAGGCACCAGAAGAUCAUCGAGGAGGCGCCCGCCACCGUGGCCGCCGCCCUGACCUUUGAGCAGAUGGAGCAGCAUGCGGUGCGCCUGGCCAAGAUGGUGGGCUACGUCAGCGCGGGCACGGUGGAGUACCUCUUCUCAGAGGACGGCAGCUUCCACUUCCUGGAGCUGAACCCCCGCCUCCAGGUGGAGCACCCCUGCACCGAGAUGAUCGCCGACGUCAACCUGCCGGCGGCACAGCUGCAGAUCGCGAUGGGGAUCCCCCUGUUCCGGAUCAAAGACAUCCGCCUGCUGUACGGGGAGACCCCCUGGGGAGACUCCCUAAUCCACUUUGAGGCCCCCGACUGCGUCCCCUCCCCCCGGGGGCACGUCAUCGCAGCCCGCAUCACCAGCGAGAACCCGGACGAGGGCUUCAAGCCCAGCUCGGGCACGGUGCAGGAGCUGAACUUCCGCAGCAGUAAGAACGUGUGGGGCUACUUCAGCGUCGGCGCCACCGGGGGGCUGCACGAGUUCGCCGACUCCCAGUUCGGACACUGCUUCUCCUGGGGGGAGAACCGCGAGGAGGCCAUCUCGAACAUGGUGGUGGCCCUCAAGGAGCUGUCCAUCAGAGGGGACUUCAGGACCACCGUGGAGUACCUCAUCAAGCUGCUGGAGACAGAGUGCUUCAGGAACAACGACAUCGACACCGGCUGGCUGGACCAGCUGAUAGCAGAGAAGGUUCAGGCAGAGCGCCCGGACACCAUGCUGGGGAUCGUGUGUGGAGCUCUGCACGUGGCCGACGCCAGCUUCAGGAAGAGCAUGGCCGACUACCUGCACUCCCUGGAGAGGGGCCAGGUGCUGCCAGCAGCCAGUCUGCUGAACUCGGUCAGCGUGGAGCUCAUCUAUGAAGGGGUGAAGUUCGUCCUGACUGUGGCCCGCCAGUCCCCCACCACCUACGUCCUGAUCAUGAACGCCAUGGACAUCGAGAUCGACGUCCACCGGCUGAGUGACGGCGGCCUGCUGCUGUCCUACGACGGCAACAGCUACACCACCUACAUGAAGGAGGAGGUGGACAGCUACCGCAUCACCGUGGGCAACAAGACGUGCGUGUUUGAGAAGGAGCGGGACCCCACCGUGCUGAGGGCGCCCUCUGCUGGCAAGCUGCUGCACUACCUAGUGGAGGACGGCGCGCACGUGGCGGCGGGGGACUGCUACGGGGAGAUCGAGGUGAUGAAGAUGGUGAUGACGCUGAUGGUGACGGAGACGGGCUGCAUCCACUUCGUGAAGCGUCCGGGCGCGGUUCUGGUCCCGGGCUGCGUGGUGGCCCGCAUGACGCUGGACGACCCCAGCUCCAUCGUCCUGGUGGAGCCCAACACCGCCCCCCUGCCCCCCCAGCAGCCUCUGCCCAUCGUGGGGGAGAAGCUCCACCAGGUGUUCCACAGCGUGCUGGAGAACCUGGGCAAGGUGAUGGACGGCUACUGCCUGGCCGAGCCCUACUUCAGCAACAAGGUGAAGCAGUGGGUCUCCACCCUGAUGAAGACGCUCAGGGACCCCUCGCUGCCGCUGCUGGAGCUGCAGGACAUCAUGACCAGCGUGGCGGGCCGCGUCCCGCCCGCCGUGGAGAAGGCCGUCCGCAAAGUCAUGGCCCAGUACGCCAGCAACAUCACCUCCGUGCUCUGCCAGUUCCCCAGCCAGAGGAUCGCCAACGUUCUGGACAGCCACGCGGCCACGCUGCAGCGGAAGGCGGACCGGGAGGUGUUCUUCAUGAACACGCAGAGCAUCGUGCAGCUGGUCCAGAGGUACCGCAGUGGUAUCCGUGGCUACAUGAAGUCUGUGGUUCUGGACCUGCUGAAGCGUUAUCUGCACGUGGAGAUGCAGUUCCAGCACGCUCACUAUGACAAGUGUGUGAUCAACCUGAGAGAGAAACACAAACCGGACAUGAGUCCGGUCCUGGAGUCCAUCUUCUCCCACGCCCAGGUCUCCAAGAAGAACAUCCUGGUCAUCAUGCUCAUAGACCAGCUCUGCGGGAAGGACUCCACGCUGGCCGACGAGCUCUCGCUGAUCCUGGACGAGUUCACCCAACUCAGCCGGACCGAGAACUCCAAGGUGGCCCUGCGCGCCCGACAGGUGCUGAUCGCCUCCCACCUGCCGUCCUACGAGCUGAGACACAACCAGGUGGAGUCCAUCUUCCUGUCCGCCAUCGACAUGUACGGCCACGAGUUCUGUCCCGAGAACCUCAAGAAACUCAUCAUCUCCGAGACCUCCAUCUUUGAUGUCCUGCCCAACUUCUUCUACCACGCCAACCAGGUGGUCUGCAUGGCCGCCCUGGAGGUGUACGUCCGUAGGGGCUACAUCGCCUAUGAGCUCAACAGCCUCCAGCACUACCAGCUGCACGACGGGACGUGCGCCGUGGACUUCCAGUUCAUGCUGCCCUCGUCUCACCCUAACCGAGAGAGCAGCCCCACUCUGAACAGGGUGGCGGCUCCUGUCAGCGGCUGCAGUGGGUUUGAGAUGAGGCGCGGCAGCGAGCUCUUCCUGGAGGGGGCGCUGUCCCCUCCCUGCCAGCGCAUGGGCGCCAUGGCAGCCUUCCACUGCUUCGAGGACUUCAAGAGGAACAUCGAUGAGAUCAUCUCCUCCUUCUCCAAGUCCUUCCUGGAGAGCCCGCUGCUCCCAGAGUCCUCCUCCGGGCUCUACGACGAGGAGAGCUGCAAGAGCAUGCAGGGGAACCCCAUCCACAUCAUCAACGUGUCCAUCCAAUCAGCGGACACGGAGGAGGACGACGCCCUGGUGACGGAGCUCACCGCCUACACCCAGUCCAAGAAAGCUCUGCUCUUUGAGUAUGGGAUCCGGAGAAUCACCUUCCUGAUCGCUCAGAAGAGGGAGUUCCCCAAGUUCUUCACCUUCAGAGCCAGAGACGGGUUCACCGAGGACCGGAUCUACCGUAACCUGGAGCCGGCUCUGGCCUUCCAGCUGGAGCUCAACCGCAUGAGGAACUUUGAGCUGAGGGCGGUCCCCUGCGCCAACCACAAGAUGCACCUGUACCUGGGAGCCGCGCGGGCCCCCCAGGGGGCCGAGGUCACCGACUACCGCUUCUUCAUCCGCGCCAUCAUCCGCCACUCGGACCUCAUCACCAAGGAGGCGUCCUUUGAGUACCUGCAGAACGAGGGAGAGCGCCUCCUGCUGGAGGCCAUGGACGAGCUGGAGGUGGCCUCCAGCCACACCGUCCACCGCACCGACUGCAACCACAUCUUCCUCAACUUCGUGCCCACCGUCAUCAUGGACCCCUCCAAGAUCGAGGAGUCCGUGCGCUCCAUGGUGAUGCGUUACGGCAGCCGUCUCUGGAAGCUGCGGGUGCUGCAGGCCGAGCUGAAGAUCAACAUCCGCCUGACGCCCACCGGCCACCAGGUCCCCGUCCGCCUCUUCCUCACCAACGAGUCGGGCUACUACCUGGACAUCAGCCUGUACAAGGAGGUCACCGAGCCCGCCUCCGGACAGAUCAUGUUCCAGUCGUACGGGGACAAGCAGGGCCCGCUGCACGGCAUGCUGAUCAACACGCCCUACGUCACCAAGGACCUGCUGCAGGCCAAGCGCUUCCAGGCCCAGAGCCAGGGCACAACCUACGUCUACGACUUCCCCGAGAUGUUCCGACAGGCGCUGUUCAAGCAGUGGGGCCCCGGGGACCGCUGCCCCAAGGACGUGCUGCUGUGCACAGAGCUGGUCCUGGACUCGGAGGGAGGCCUGGCCCAGAUAAACCGGCUCCCCGGGGACAACGACGUGGGCAUGGUGGCGUUCCGCAUGAGGAUGAAGACCCCCGAGUACCCGGGGGGGCGUGAGGUCAUCGUGAUCUGCAACGACAUCACCCACCUGAUCGGGUCCUUCGGGCCCCAGGAGGACGAGCUGUUCCUCCGGGCAUCGGAGCUAGCCCGGGCCGAGGGGCUGCCCCGCGUCUUCAUCGCAGCCAACAGCGGCGCCCGCAUCGGCCUGGCCGACGAGGUCCGCGGCAUGUUCCAGGUGGCCUGGAUCGACCCCGCCGACCCCUACAAGGGCUUCAAGUACCUGUACCUGACGCCCCACGACUACACCCGCAUCAGCGCCACCAACUCAGUGCACUGCCGCCACGUGGAGGAGGGCGGGGAGUCCAGGUACAUCAUCACUGACAUCAUCGGGAAGGACGACGGGCUGGGGGUGGAGAACCUCCGCGGCUCGGGGAUGAUCGCCGGGGAGACGUCGCAGGCCUACAACGAGGUCAUCACCAUCAGCAUGGUGACGUGCCGGGCCAUUGGCAUCGGGGCGUACCUGGUGCGUCUGGGCCAGAGGGUGAUCCAGGUGGAGAACUCCCACAUCAUCCUGACCGGGGCGGGCGCCCUCAACAAGGUGCUCGGCCGGGAGGUGUACACCUCCAACAACCAGCUGGGGGGGGUCCAGAUCAUGCACAACAACGGGGUCACGCACACGGCCGUACCCGACGACUUCGAGGGCGUGUUCACCAUCCUGCAGUGGCUCUCCUACAUGCCCAAGAACAACACGGCCCCGGUACCUGUGGUCGCUCCCACCGACCCCGUGGACCGAGAGAUCGACUUCACCCCCACCAAGACCCCCUACGACCCGCGCUGGAUGCUGGCAGGACGCCCCCACCCCACGGUGAAGGGGGCGUGGCAGAGCGGGUUCUUCGACCACGGCUCCUUCAUGGAGAUCCUGGGGUCCUGGGCGCUGACGGUGGUGGUGGGCCGAGCGCGGCUAGGAGGCAUCCCGCUGGGGGUCAUCGCCGUGGAAACGCGCGCCGUGGACCUCACCGUCCCCGCCGACCCCGCCAACCUGGACUCUGAGGCCAAGUUCCUGCAGCAGGCAGGGCAGGUGUGGUUCCCCGACUCUGCGUUCAAGACGGCCCAGGCCAUCAGCGACUUCAACCGCGAGCGCCUGCCCCUCAUGGUGUUCGCCAACUGGAGGGGCUUCUCCGGGGGCAUGAAGGACAUGUACGACCAGAUCCUGAAGUUCGGGGCGUACAUCGUGGACGCACUGCGGGCCUUCCAGCAGCCCGUGCUGGUGUACAUCCCCCCCCACGCAGAGCUGAGGGGGGGGUCCUGGGUGGUGAUCGACCCCACCAUCAACCCCCACUGCAUGGAGCUCUACGCCGACCAGGAGAGCCGGGGGGGCGUGCUGGAGCCCGAGGGGACGGUUGAGAUCAAGUUCAGGAGGAAGGAGCUGCUGAAGACCAUGAGGAGGUUGGACCCCCUGUACGCCGGCCUGACCGACCAGCUGGGGUCUCCGGACCUCCCUGAGAAGGAGCGCGAGGCCGUGGAGGGGCAGCUCCGGGCCCGGGAGGAGUUCCUGCUGCCCAUCUACCACCAGGUGGCGCUGCAGUUUGUGGACCUCCACGACACGCCCGGCCGCAUGCAGGAGAAGGGCGUCAUCACUGACAUCCUGGAGUGGAGGAACGUGCGGAGCUUCUUCUACUGGCGGCUGCGGCGCCUCCUGCUGGAGCAGGUGGUGAAGCGCAGCAUCCAGCAGGCUAACCCUGACCUCAGCGACGGACACCUGCAGCCCAUGCUGCGCCGCUGGUUCGUGGAGACGGAGGGCACCGUCAAGGCCUACCUGUGGGACAGUAACCAGGCGGUGGUGGAGUGGCUGGAGAAGCACCUCUCCCGGGAGGACGGGACGCUGUCGGCCGUCAGCGAGAACAUCAAGUACCUGAAGAGGGACUACACCCUGAAGCACAUCAGGAGCCUGGUCCAAGCCAACCCCGACGUGGCCAUGGACUGCAUCGUCCACAUGAGCCAGAACCUCAGCCCGUCGCAGCGGGCCAAGGUCACCCAUCUGCUGGCCUCCAUGGACACCAGUUAGGGCGUCACCUUACCCUCGUUGGGCCGACAGACCUCUCACCCUCUAACCAUCAGCUCGCUGAUCUUCUGACUGAACUCGGCGCCAGUUUGCAGCCGCGUGUAGCCGCUGAAUCCAGCGUGACGCUCACUCCUCUGACCGGGGCUGAGUCGGCUUCAUCUCAGCUUCCUGUCAUGUCACCGGUGAGUUCAUGGAUCGUUCUUCAGGGUGUUAUUGAACGGGGACCUCGUCGCGCUCUCCUCUCCCCUCUGAGCUGAACGCGUUCCUCAGCGGUCGGUAGGGCCCUGCCUUCACAGGCUGGCCUCAAGUCUUCACGGCUUUGGUCUCGGAUGUUUAGUCAAUGUUGAACAUUCUUCAGAAUAAUGCUCGCACAAAAAACACAGAACUUUACCUUUAUGUCAGAUCAAUGUGCUAAAUCUGGGUUAAACAAGCAGCCAGUAUGGAUUUGUAAUUAUGAUCUAAACAUAUGAUUGUAAAGUGUUCCUAUAUCACGUUAAAUUAGUCUUUGACAUUUCAUUAUGCGUGAGGUCGAAUGAUUUCAUGUUUGGCUCAACUAUUUGUGUUACACAAGUAUUGUAAAAAGAAAUGCAAAAAUGUACUAUCUAUGAAUCUGUAUUUAUCAAGAGUGCUUUAACCUUUAAUAUCAUUAUUAUUACUAUUAUUAUUUCAAUACCGACACCAUGAUUUCAGUCGUCUCUUUUUAAGUGCCAUGAGUUCCCUGAUAUUUGUUACGUUGGUGAUAUUUAAUGCCUGAUCAAUAAAUGCUAGAAUAUAUAAUUGCGUUACGUUUUGAGCCGUUCUUCCACCUCCUCGUUCAUCCUCAAUGACUAAAGGGGCCAAUCGUAACAGGGGUUUUAAACCCUUUUCUCUGAGCCAAUCACAAGGAAGAGUGUUGCCGUGACAUCUUGUUUGGACCCAUGUGACACCAUCUGCUGUUUU